ACAGUAUCAAUUCAUAUGUCAAUAUACCAUAGUAGUAUUAUAGACCUUGUGGGAGAAUCCACGCGCCAUUUUCACGAAUUUGAACAAAGGAGAACGGUCGAUUGCUCGCUCCUAAAUUUCACAGUCACAAUGAGUUCUACAGAAAACAAAACAGAAGUUGCCACACAAAGAGCCGAAGAGAAACUUAAAGAAACUGAAAAAGCAUCCGGAGAUUUAAAAUCAGAAAAAAGUCCAACGAAAAGAACAGCGUCAGAGGUUAACAAUGCUGAGGGUGAAGAAGUGAAACAAAAAGUACUAAAGACUGACCAUAAAGAAAAAGAAAAUGGUAAGUCUGAAGAUAAAUUUGAAGAAGGAGGUGAUGAAGAAGAUGAGGAUGAAGAAGGGGUUCCUGAAGGUGAUGAUUUUGAUGAAGAAGGAGACGAAGAUGGGGCUGAUGAGGAGGGUGACGAAGAUGAAGAUGAUGCAUAAGAAAUCAUAGUGGUUGUGAUGGCCACUGUGGGGGGAGCAAUCCGACAGACUGUGGGUUUUAAAUUGUUCAGGGUAUAGAAGGCACCACAGAUGGGCAGAUCGUCACAUGACUUGUAGACUAAAAUUCUUCAGACUUUGUACUGAUAUAAAUUUAUCAGGAUUUUCUGGAAUGAGCUAUUACCAUCCAUCAUCUGGUUUAAUUUUUGGUCUCUGAGCAAAGAUGUUACGAUCUGUGUUUCGUACGUGCUCAUCUGCCACCUCUUCAUCAGCCUGUGAUUGAAUUUCAGUCAAGGCUGACUUUCAUGUAACAUAAUGUGUGAAAUGGUACGGCUGUAUGCAUGGGUGUUUUGUUAUUGGAUUUCAUUUUUCAGGUAAAAUAAACAAAAAAAAGGAAAACUUCACCUUUAAAUAAUUUGACUGUUUUGUCGAUAUGUACUUGUUCUAGAUAAGAAAGGGUUCCUAUGUCCCUUUUAGUGUGAGGUGAGGUGUGUAUUUUAAAGUUCUUUUGUCUUUUAUCAGUGUUUGGAUUAUCACUUAGCUAAAGUAGACGCACUUCUAUUAGCAUACUUUUUAUUCAACUGAGAGCUGGAGGAAUAUACAAUUUUUUAAUAAUUUUCUCCUUAACUCUAAUCAUUAUUAAUUAAUGAAUAAGUAAAUUUGCUAGAUUAUGUGGUAAAUUAAAAUGAUGUACUUACCCCUCAGACUUAGUUGUAAGAAGCCCCGGUAAAUUUUGGUACAAUUUAGUGGUGUGUAUGUUUAGAGUGUUGUGUUAGUAUGUAUUGAUAAGAUAGUAUUACACAGUGUAAGAUUGAUAUUUGAAAUAUCUCAGUCACUUUUUUUUUUUCACACACAUUCCUUUUUUUUUUUUUGUAGCUGGUUUCUUAUCACAGUAACUAAAGAGAUGGCUUUCUUUAAUUGUUUAUAUCAUUUUAGAGUUAAGCUGUUUACUAUUUUAUUGUUUCAGUGAGGGGUAGGUUUUUGAUCUGGCAUUUUUAAUUGCAUUUGUGGAAACUUCUAGUAUUACAAGAAAUGAUAAUAUGGUUAGCUUUGUUAUAAAAUUAAUAUCACCGAUCUGAAUAAAUUAAAAUGAUUGAGUUAUUAAAUGAUUUAUGAAAGCAUAAUGGGUAAACGUUCACAAGUUUUAAAAAUAUCAAUCAGUUCAUACAGUUUCGUAACUUGCUCAUCAUGUUAACAGUCCUUGGUCCAUUUUUGUAAUGUGUUGUAGCCACUACAUUUCAUGCAGGGAAGGUGUAAUAAAGUGGUUCCAAUAGAUCA